AUGGUUACGGUAAUUUUCGCGGAAUCGCAAAAAAUUGAAGAUCACAUGUUUGCAAAAGCAAUUCAAUGGGCCGAUGAAUGCCCUGAUGAUGAGAUCUAUUGGAUCAGGGAUCAGGCAUUGGAAAAAGUUCCGAAUGUUGACGUGGAUUUGUCGGGCAAAAUGGAUGCCCUUAAACGAAUCAAAUUUAUGUAUAAUCGGACAAAAGCAAGUGUGGUAUGUACGAACAUGGCUCUCGACGAAUCCGCCGACGUCGCCGCCAUCCUCUGCUCGAUGCCGAAAUCAAUUCGAUGCGAUCAAUUUGGUAUUUGCCUGGCUUCAUUGGCGCAUUUUUGUAAUCGCAAUGGUGGAAAAGCGGUGGCGGUUGUGGAAUUGUGGAAAGAAGUACUAUUCGCAUGCAACCGCUAG